AUGCUCGAGCUCGCUAUUUCCCUGGCAAACCACCUGGUGACUCUGAAACAGCUGGACGCUGAAAAACUUCGUGACACCAUUGACCAGGCUCAAAUGAUGGUUCCGCUGGACGUUCAUAUAUAUCGCUUGCAUCGAGACAUCUGCAUUAGUCUAAGUGAUGCUUCUGCCCACAAGAGAGAUGAAGAUUGCUGUCAAGUAUCAUUGAGUGCAAUCGGUGACUCCAUGGCUGAGGUGCUAGAUCCCGCUGAGUAG